ACCGAGCCAGAGUCGACUUGUCUCCAGCCCCUGCUCGCGCGCACCGCCGCCAGGACCACACCUUUAAGGGUUUAGAGCGCCGUGCGCCAAAAGCAAUCACGGACGUGGCUCUCCGCGAAGACGCAGACACCCGAUUGAAAAUAAACGUUUGAGCUUCAUUUCUCUUUCACGGACUGCACCGCCCUGCGGCGACGGACGGUCAAGAACUGCCGCCACCAUCACCACCACCACCACCGAGCGCGCACUAUCCUGACGUCAAAAGCGGCUCAGCGCGGAACGAAUGACAAUGUCGCAACCAUCCGCCGAGACGAGGUGGAGCCGCAUCCGCGAAUCUUCGGCAUCGAUUCCCUCUGAGCCUUCGACGCCCGCGCCGCAGACUUCCCAGGACGAGAUUUUGUCGGGCACAGAAGAGAGCCACAAGAGCGGCCGAAGCAGCAGGCGCAACAGCGAGAGCGUUGGCGAGGACAACGCUUCCCUCAACAUCGACGCUGAUGACGAAGACGUCAAGAUUGCCAUUAUGGCUCUGGGAGCCAUGAAGAAUCUCGAUGGCAAAAGCAGAAGCGGGAGCGAGGAGGAUCGAGAGGUCCGAAGAAAGGAUGCAUCACCGAAAAGGACUGCCUCGGUGCAAUCUGCGUCGUCGAUGAACUCGACGGCCAUCUCCUCGCCCACCUCGACGCCUGGGACAGAGCUGACAUACACAACCAUGGUCUCCGGUGGCUCUCCCGCCAAGUCGCUCGGAGUCCUUACCGCUCCUUCGACCUCUGGCUCGACGUCGUCCACGCCCGCCACCCUCGCUGAUCUUCCAGCCGAUUUUGAGUUCCCAGCCAUCGUCCGCGAUGAGCACGGCAACCAGAUGCGCGUCGACCGGGAGGAUAUGCAAGACGUCGACUUUCUGAAUCGCGUCAGCCACCUACCCAUCGUUCGAGGCACCCUCCGAGCGUACGAGAUGGGGAAACAGAGGAGCAAAGUUGUCAAGUACGGUGGCGACUUUGUCGAAUCGUCUGUCCGGGCCAUAGGAAGGCCUGUCGUCAGCCGUCUGGGUGCCAAGCUUGGAGAGAAGGGUGUUGAGCAGCUCGAUGAUUUUGCGUGUCGCCAGCUGGAUAGGAUCUACCCUGCCAGCGAUGCUCGACCUUUGUCGAGGGAGGAGAAACAGUCAAUCGUGGCCGAGCUGAGAGAAAAGGAGGAGACCGAGUGGAAGGACAUGUCAGAGGAGGAGCGAGCGAAACGGAGGACAGCGUACUAUGCCUUGCGAAUGGAGGAGAGGGAACGAGAGAUGGGCGUCAACGAGCUCCGGCAGCGGAGAAAUGCAUCGUCGACCUCCGAAGUCGCCACGACCUCUUCGUCUUCUGCGAUUGCUUCUGCAGUCAAGCCCCACUCGGCGACGAGGAGGACCGCGAGCGAUUUCGGGAGAAGCCAGCCGAUGGCGCCAUCUUCAUCAAGCAACUCGACCUCAUUCUCGCAGGCGGCAAAUGCGCUGGUCAGAACCAACAGCGAGGCGACGACAAGUAGCGGCAGGACAGGCUGGGGCUCCAUGCUCGUUGAGGCUGGUGUCACUGCCGGUGGCCUGAGCGCGGCGAUGAGCGAGGAGAGCAUGAAGAGCCUCAAAUACUGCCUCCAGUGGCUCCAGUACGCCACCGCCCACAUCGAGCACCAGAUCACUGUGCUUCGAGACCUGAUUGUCAAGCUCAAUCACGGUGAACUCGAUCUGACUUCGCCCGCGGCUCAGAAUCUGGCAGCCAUCAAGGGCGAUGUUGUCCACACGAUUCGCGGUGUCGUCGACGUCGUUGGAAAGUAUGCCGGUGGCGCGCUGCCGGAGCCGGCGCGGGCGAGCGUCAAAGCUUUCAUUCUCAGCCUCCCUGCACGGUGGGCCACCGUGAACCGAGCGCCUGCUGUCGAGAGCGGCCGUCGGGGGAGCUUCGGAGGAAGCCCGGCCAGUCCAAGCUUCUCUUCUGCUCAUCUCGGCGGAGCAUCCUCCUCAUCUUCAUCGACGGAGCGAGGCCGGGGCUUGCAGCCAUCGCCUGCGCGACAACAGCAGAUGAAUGUUGCUGCCACCGCCCAGGCCGCCAACCGGGUUCUGACGCUCGCUGUCGAGUCGCUCGACAUCCUGAGGAGCGUCACCGUCGUCUUUGGAGAGAGCCUGGACAGGGCCGACCUUUGGGUCGAGCGCUUGCGCGUGGUUGGUCUGCAGCGCAAGCGAGCCCAUGAGCAAGCCGCAGCUGAAGAAGCUGCUGCUCGCAUCGACGACGGGAUGGGAGGCGCUCUGGCAAGCGGUCUGCACUGGGAAUCUGCCCGUGGUUUGGGUUCUUCGGGACGAGGAGGCUCGCCGAGCGCCGACUCGGACGUGUCCAUGGCCACAACAGCCUCUGCGAAGCGAAGAAGGGUCAAGGCCAUGCCGAGCUCCUCGUCUAGGGGAAGUCACUCGCCCGGUGCCCACCAUGGCGGGGCCUCGCUCCACAUGUCCGCGCAAGCCCCGAGCGACGAGGAGGACGAAGGCUCACACACCGAGACAGAGCGGCAGAGAGGAUCUGCCAUGGCCGGACGGUCAGGCUUGACGUCGCUCUCGCCCAGCAGCGGCGGCUCUAGUAGCGCUGUUGCGUCGCCAUCGAUGCAUCUUCACCAUCAUAGCGGCAACAAUGGUGGCUUUGCUUCGAGGAGAAAGGCCGGUCGAGGCAUUUCGGGGCGGGGACAUCACCCCGCCCGCACACCGAGUGCCUCCAACACGCCCGUGAUGCAGGAGCUGAGCCUUUCCGAUACCCCCUUGCCCACACCAUCGGGCAAGCACCGAGGCACCAUGGAUGUCGACCGUUCGAAAUCUUGAUGACGUCGACGUCUGCUUGCUCACCUAUUUUUUUCUUUCUUCUGCCUCAUUACACUUCCCAUACAUCGCCACCUUCCCUUGCUUCCGUCCCUUCAUACACUCAUU